UGUUCUGUCUGAGCACCAAGCAUUCAACAGCUUUUCAAAAAUGCUAAAGACUGGAAUUUACUGACAGCACCUGCAGGUCACAGCGACUGUCGGAAGUCCUGAUUGCAUUGUCAUUAUGGACGGGAAUCUGCUGACGUCUGGUUCACAGCGUUUUGAAGUCAGAAACCUGCAAGAGAGAGAACCGGUGUUGACGAUGAACAGAGAGGAUUUGCAUAGUUCAAGUUAUAUUACGAACGGUUACUCCAGCAAGGCUGCAGACAGUAAUAGCGGCUCAGAAAGUGGAUAUACCACGCCUAAAAAGGGGCGGGCGAGGCGCGGCAGCAUGAAAGGCCCGGAAAAUGCCAGUCAGGAAAAGGAAAACGUACUGAAGGUGUAUUCGAAGCAGGAUGCAGAGACCCCAGGGCAAGAUAUAGCUGGGAAAAGGGCAAAUUCUCAGCCGAAUUGCAGUAGGAUUUACCUUAAACCAGAAGUGCAUGCAAGUCUUCGAAAGACAGAUGCUCAGGAUACGAUACCUGUCAGUGAUCUGCAGUACAGAAACUCAGACAGCAAGGCUUUGCGUCUUGUGGGUAAAAAGAAUGAUGACAGGGUCAGUAAAACCAAACCGACCUCCUCAGUGACAUCCAAAGACGAUUUGUGGACUUUGUUUAGACCUCCUCCUGUGUUCCCGGUGGACAACAGCAGUGCCAAAAUAGUUCCCAAGAUCAGUUAUGCAAGCAAAGUUAAGGAGAACUUGAACAAAGCGACCACUCAGGCCAGUCCAGAAGUGACUCAGGCAUCUACAAAGCCCUUGCAAGUUCCUGGAUCUGCUGUAAAAACGGUCACCUCUGCCGACAACCCUGUUUCGAUCGAGGUGAACGGGUGCCUCUGCGUUGGAACAUUGGUAGACUCUGCUGCUAGCGCUUCAUCCUCUGUCGUAAGUGUUGCGUCCUCUGUGGAUACCGCCUGUAUCUCUUCAGUAGCCCCAGAGCCCCAACAAUUGAGUCUUUUUGUUUACCCUCACGAACCUUUAAAUAUGCAACUGGCCACUCCUGCUGCUCAGACAAAUCAAAAAGGCCUCGGCGACAUCUUCCAGAACCAGUGGGGUCUGUCGUUCAUCAAUGAACCCAAUGCAGGCCCAGAGAAGUCCACGGUUUCUCGUUCAGCCACGAAACUCAAAAUCUCCGACGUUACAUUUCAGGGGGAGAGUUUUUCAUUCAUUACCCAGCCAAGCCUCCAUCCGACCUCUGCUGUUUCUUUCACGUCACAUCAGGACCUGGAGAGAAGGACUAGUGCCGAUGAUACGGCUUUGAAACACUUUUGCACUGCCGAGACGGAUUGUCUACACGCACAGCCUCCUGAUGAACGAAUCAGCAAGAGUUCAGAAGUGGUCUGUGAGGUGUUGGAUGCACAGUUCGAGGUUAACAGUUUGGUGGAGUCAUCCACAUGUUUGAGCUUGAAGAAAGACCAGGACGGACUUAGUGGUUGGGAAUGUGAUGAUCUGCAGGAUGCGAUUUUUUACCACACUAAAGAAUUUGAAUAUAUUCUCACUCUUCAAAAGCAAGAUUCAAAAAGAGUGGUCUCUUAUAAGGAAGCCCUGGAUGGACCUGAUCAAUGAGGUGCAGAGUACCAGCAGGUUUCUCACCUUGGGUGCUACAGUCAGAUCUGAACCUGGACAGAUUUGGAUCUUUUUAGAUUUGAGAGAUGUGAGAGUGGAACAGAGACGGUUCAUGUGCUUGCUGAAGUUUGAACUUCUAUUGGAUGUCUGUGCAGACGGGGCAGCUUUGAGCUGUACUGAGGAACAACUGAAACAACUCGCACACCAUAGCAAAUUCAUUUAAAGGGAGGUAUUUACCUGGAUGUUGCAUGGAUCAGUUGUGAGGAGAAAUUAAGGGAACGUCUCGAUGUUAGCUUUGAGGAACUUCUCUUCUCUGUUUAUUUUGAGUUCUUAUUGAUGCAAUGCACACAAACGGCUCGUAAAGGCGAAAGAAUGCUUCCUGAGGAACUUUAAAUUAAAUCAGUAUCUGGGUGGAAGAGCUGACUAAACCUAGGUGUUGGUCAAGAAAUGAAUCCGUUUUGAUGUUCUCGCCCAGAAAAUGACAUUUUUCUCCCUUCUGAUUUAUGCAAUACAUCC